GCAAACCGCAUACUUUAUAAAUACGCAUGACAUGAUUCUUUGUAUACAUCUUGCACGUUCUAUCUCCCCAACCAGUCGAGGUACUGUUCGCAACCAUGAUUCUGACCGAAAAGUCUGCAGAGAUCGAUGCACCUCCGCCUGCCUAUGACACGUUAUCCAUCCACCGGGGCGCUCCAUCUAUACCCGUCGUUACCAUCGCUGUCGCUCACGAAGAUGAAGCAGGUCCCAGUACCAGUAAUAUCACGGACAUGCGUGAAGUUGAGCGGCCUCGAAGUCGGAUAUGGGCACGUACGUUAUCCAGGAGCAAGAGUAACAUCGACUUUGCUACAGAACGGUAUAACGAUGCAGUGGCUUUCUCAAUACCACCCGGGGAUGUGGCCAAAUUGCUCCCUGAGCGCCCGCCGCUUGGUUACCGCCAAACCAUCCCCGCAUCUGCAUCUUCCCUCACCCAGAAGCGCAAGCAAGCCAAGACACGCAAAGCGAAAUCUGGCUCAAGCUCAUGGCUUUCUCUUCUCCCAUUUUCAUCCUCCCGAGCUACGAAACAAGUCCGUCAGUCCAUACUCACGCUUGUUCACGACCUCGUGGUUCUUCCGCCAGCCAGCUCCAUUAGCCCGAGUUCUACAUCUCCGCAAUCGGUUCCAGCGGAUCCACAUGAAGUUCUAGGUUCAUGUGCACGAUCCUGCUCUGCGAAGAACUUGUCACUGUCUACGCUUCUUCAAGAGCCGGUUGUAGCAGGACACACCCCCAUCUACUGGGCUAUCGUUAACUAUCGUCCCGCACUCCUUGAUGCUUUGCUCAGGCACGCAUCCCCUUUAACACCUGUAACACUUAGUGAAAUGAGGAAGGCAUGUUUGGUGGCGAGUAAUCAAGCGUUAUUCCAGAACCUCAGACUUAGUGUGGGGUUGUGCGCGAGUGGGUUAAGGAGUGCUGCUGAUGGACUGCUUCUUGGUCAGCGCCCACCAGAUGAUGUGCGUAUCGAAGAGGGUCUGGAUGGGGCUUUUGCUGCAACCCUCGAUAUCGCGAUGUGGCAGAAGCGUAUACGUGCGGUAGGAAGCGUGAGCGUGGAGUUUAUGGCGUCUGGCCGUAUAUUCGUCCUGACCUUCUUCACCACCGAUCGUCCGCAACCAACCUCUAAUUGCAUCAAAUCCAAAAGAGCGGUAGGCCCAUGGCACGUCUCGCUUUCACUUCUCGAACACAGCAUGCCGACCUACGUGGAUGCAGUAGUCGUUAUCGAUCGACCUCCACCCCUCCCUUCCCCAGGGUCAUCUCUACGUGCACGUUCAUCAGGAAAGAAAGGGCUGGCCCCGCCAAAAGGAUACAUGGACAGUACAAGUUUCUCGGGCGAAGAGAAAUCCUACGGUUUUGAAAAUGGAGCGGGGUGUACAGGUGAUAAAACGGGCAUAUGGGAUUUCAACUAUGACAACCAAGCGCACACGCGCUCGCCUUCGUCUCCCUCCUCACCUAAAUCUCCCAGCCCUGCGACGUCACCCGGUGUACAUAUGCAGACUCAUGCGCAGACGCUGCCUCCACCUCCUGUGCACCCCCACCGCGCGCUAGUCCAGAGUUGCUCAUCUCCUUCGCUCAAGCUGCUGUCGUCCUCUUCAUCGAAUAUGUUAACCCACACUUUGGAUAAGGCCACAGCUCACGCGCCCAAGAAGCAGUUCGUGAAAUUGAAGAAUGCCUCGUUGGGAACAGGGGGGCGUGCGCCGGUAGUGCUCCGCUUUUGUGCGGGCGAGGCUAUGGUUGCAUGCAGGAAUAACGGUUACGGAGGUGAGAUUUUUUCUCAACCCAUCGAUCUUUUCCCCUUCAACGGAAUGUAGAAGUGAUUUUGGUCGUCGAGACAUCCUACAACAAACUGACGUUUCUCUCCAGAUUCAUAUGCCCUGCCUCGCCCCACCACCAGACCUGAUACCUGGUCUGAACACGGCACGUCAUACAUCUCAGCGAUUGUAGUGCCGCUCGGAGAACAAGAUGGGGGCGGGCUAAUGUUGGAGUGAG